CUUCAAGAACCUUUGCGAUCUGAUCUGAUCUGAUCUCUCUUCUUCUUCUUCUUCUUCUUCAUUUCGUUCUUCAGUCGAUUUACCCUAAACCGGUGAAGACCUUAGUUCGUGACUGGAAGGCGCGACUCGAGAUCUUGCAGGCGUGAGAUAGAUUUGGUUGGAUUUUAACAUCAGCCGAUCGAAGGUAUACAAAUCUCUACCUUGUCAAAUCGAAUCGAAUCUCAAACAGAAAUCUAGGUCGGUUUGGUUACUCAACCCUAAAUGGAGGACAUUCGACUGUUCUUCUAGUGUUCGAGUAAGUACCUCAGUUUUUUAGAUAAUCGGCAGGAUACUCAAUUAUGGCUUUUCCGUCAUCCUCACCGGCGGCGGCGAAAGGUGUGGUGGUUACGGUGCCGGCUCUAGUGAUUUCGGCGGCUGUGGCUGCCGUAUUCCUAUUUUUCCUACUUUCAUCUAGCUCCUCGCCUCUUCCAUCUUGCUCUUGUCCCUCUUCCACAACUUAUACUACAACCACGACUAAUGGUAUCGAGAAGCAGCAGAUCUCUCCGACGGCGGAGGAUAUAAGAUGGGUGAAGGAACAGAUCGUGGCGAAUGGGCUUCAUAUGAAGGACAAUGUGCUCCGCAAAGGCAUAAACCCUCGAACCCGUGUGCAGCAACUCCAAGAUCUCAAUCAGUUCAAAGGUAUAUCCCACUAUGAAGGAGACCAAUUUGAGAACCACACAGCUCUUCCUUGUCCUGGAGAGCUUCUUGUGGAAGAGCAUCAUAGUAACUAUGGUGAGCCAUGGGCAGGUGGACGUGAUGUUUUUGAAUUCCUAGCUGAUUCAGUCCAUCUAAAUUCGAAUUCUCGAGUCCUUGAGAUUGGAUGUGGCACACUUCGUGUAGGGGUGCAUUUUAUCAGCUACCUAGAACAGCAACACUUCCAUUGUUUAGAGCGUGAUGAACUUUCGCUAAUGGCUGCAUUUAGGUAUGAACUUCCUUCCCAUGGUUUACUGAACAAACGGCCCUUGAUUGUGAAAGGGGAGGACAUGGAUUUCAGUAAAUUUGGGGUUGGAACAACAUACGAUUUGAUUUAUGCAAGUGCUGUUUUUCUUCAUAUUCCUGAUAAGCUUGUUUGGGUUGGAUUGGAGAGGUUAGCGGAUAUGCUUAAACCUAACGAUGGUAGAAUAUUUGUGUCGCAUAACAUAAAGUUCUGUUCUAGAUUGGGUGGAGAUGAGUGUACUAAGAAACUAAAUGUUAUCGGGCUCGAAUAUGUUGGGAAGCAUACACACGAUAGCUUGCUUUUCAAUCACUUUGAGAUUUGGUUCGAGUUUAGGUCGAUCAGGAGGAGAAGGAGAUCAAAGGUGUAGUGUUUCUUCUGAUAAAUUUUGCAACUUACAUAAUUAGAAAUGGUGCAAAAGGCUAGAUGGAUGUUCCUCUUCUUUCAAUUUAUUAUGCUUGAUACUCUAUGUAAACUACUUAUGUCCAUCUCAUCCAUAACAUGUUCGGAAGGACAUUCACUAUUUUUUUCUUUGUAAAUUCCAAGAGAAUUAUGGAUUAAUGAAAAUGGUUUCAUCCUUU